CCAAAGCGAGGACAGUGUUUGGAUGGAUUGCCAAAAAGCGUCGUGUGCUGCGCAGAGCGUAUUCCAGCACGCACGUCAUAGGCCGAAGCGUCCGGAGAGCGUUCGUGAUGCUCCCGCAAAUAGUUGGCUUAUUCGAGGGAUCUCUUAGCGCAAGAAGCUUUGGCUCGUAUCUGCUUCCAAGGCUCCUCAACGUUUCCAACCCAUGGCCCUGCGAUUCGCAUUGAUCAAAUCGGACACCUGCGAUUGAGCGUCGCGAAGCUGCAACGUGCGACGCGACUUGUCCUUGCCUGAUUCGAAACCUUGCACCACCACCGGCGACGGGGACCGCAGCCAUGGAAGCGAGCGCGCCGCCCGAGCCUGAUUCCAGGAACAGCUUGCGACACAUCCUCGCCGCGGAUCCCAGCAUGGACGACUCAAAGCCGUCGCCGUCGCAGGCCAACACUCCCGUCCCUGAUGAUAGCGAAGCGGCCACCCAGUCGCAGGACGGCUCCAAGGCGACCGACCCGGACGCCAUGCCACAUUACACGGCGACGACGACGACGACGCGGCGCAACGCGAACGGCAGCGUGUCGUCCGUCUACAGCGGCAACAAGAUCAAGCACCUGAAGAAGGACGAUGGCAUCCCGCUGUGGCGCAAGGAUAUCCAGUUCGACUUCCUGAAGCUCGUCUUCGAGGACGACACGCGCGCUUUCACAAAGCAGUCCGAUAAGACGGGCGGUCACACUUUUGCCGACAUAUAUCUCGACGCCAUGGCGAAGAGCAGCAAGUGCAGCAAGAUCCUCAAGGACAAGCUGCUGACGGAGCGCCCGGCCGCCAUCAACAUGGCCAUGGUCUGCCUGCUGGUCAACGUCGGGCGCAUGAAUACGACGCUCAACUUCUUCCCGGAGAUGCGCGCGCAACUGCGAACCUACCACUCGAUCCCCUCCUUGCAGGCCCACCAGGACCCGAACGCCUACAAGCAGCUGCAGGAUGCGCCGCGCCUGAAGUCCAUCCUCAAGGGUGCGACCGAGGACCAGGAGCAGCCGAGCACGAUCGAAGAAAUCAUGGCAGCGCCAGUGCCGCGGACAAACCCUGUCAACCUGAUCUUCGUCCUAUCACAAUAUGCGCCCAAGAUCUCAGAGCUGCACUUCUUCCCACCACGCGACUUUUUCGACCUCGUCAUGCGGUCGAAUCUGAGCAGCAGGAGCCGCGCGACCGCGUUUUUGUGGCUCAUGUGGUGGUAUCUCGAGAGCGAUUUCUCCAAGAAGGCGGCAGAGGAGAAUCCCUUCGGACCCGGACAGUUCGGUCCAGCCGACGACCCUGCAACGGCCGAAUUUCCUAUCAAGUGCCCAGCGUUUGACUUCUUGACCCCCGAGCAGGAGCUGGCAGAGAACGUAGAUUCAAACGACGAGAAGAACUUCGGCGAGAUCAAGCGCAAGGAGAGGAUAGCAAUACUAGCAAGCGACAUGGCUCCCGUCGUGACAGGACCAAAGCGCACCAACAAGAAGGUAUUCAACCAGAAUCCAGUAUUCUCGGUCGUUGCAGAUGACGGCGCCUCAACGCCUGGUCGGGAUAGGCAGUCCACUCCAAAUGGAUCCGUCAAAGGGCGCGGGAAGCUCAGUAAGUCGGCCGUUGAGCGAGACUAUCCAUCAGAUACAGAUCGCACACGAUCAGUCUCGCCUCCACCCAAAGCAACGCCAAACAUGCGAAUCAACACAUUACUCAACGACGAUGCGCCCAUGUCCACACCAGCCCCCAGCAAAAGCGCUAGCCGUGCCAACUGGUCGCGCACAAAGAACGGUACAGGGGGACCGCGCAGCUUCCGAUCAAAACUCGACGCAAACGCCUCCCAAGACGGCCAGUCACCCUCAGGCAAUGCCCCAACUUUCUCCGGACCGCACGGCUUCUACCUGCCCCUCAACGGCUCCGACCCAGCCCACAAACGCACACGGCCCCUCACCCAACACCAACUAGCAGUCGAACAGUAUCGCCGGCGCCGCGUCGACGUGAUCCUCGACCGCGGCCUGCGCGUCGCCCACAAAGCCGCCGCCAAGCGCCGCCGCAAAGCAAACCCCUUCCUGCGCGCCUGGAUCCGCUGCAAAGGCAUGGCCGACGGCUACGACACCGACGACGACCCGCUGGCCCCGCACACCGACGACCACGGCACCGCCACCCCACCUCCGAUGCCCGCCGGCCUCGUGCCCCUCGAUUUCGGCGGCGAGGUUAACGACCAUGGCGAGGAGUCGCACCACCGCGCCAAGAUGCUGCGGCGCGCCCUUCGCCGGCUGGACCACUGGGAGCAUGGCCGGGCGGGCGCGAAACGCGCGCGCUACCGCGACGACGUGGAUUCUGAGGACGAGGAUGAGGAUAUGCUGGAUGAAGAAGAGGAACGGCGCGAGGAGAUCGAGUCGGAGGAUGAGGAUGAGGAGAUGGAGCGAUAUUGAGCGCUGGGGCUGGGCGCGUAGGGAACGCUGCUUAUUCUUGGGGCGCUUGGGCGUUUGGGGAUGGUGCUGUUUGGGCUGGAAAAGCCUGUGCAGUGCUGUAAGGGUUGGUGAUAGCGAUGGCAAUGGCGAUGGCUGUUGGCAGGGGCGAUUGAUAGUGGCGAUGCCGGUGAUGGGCAGGUCUUUGGGGCAGGUCACGUGGACAUGAAAUGAUACCUUGAGCGAGUAAUAGAAUGGGGGGAUUGUCUUCUCUACUCCGGUCUGCGUGCUUCCUUGCUGUGUUGUUCAGGCGUGUGGAGAGCUUUGCACCUUCCCUUGCUGAGUUCUCGGCUGUUGGACGUGGAAGGCACUAUUCUAGUAUAUUUGUUGACAAGAUGUAUCUCUCACGUUGCAGAAUGAACGGCGGAAUCAACGGCGGACUGAGUAUGUAAGCGAAAAGACCACGCGAUAGCAAUGUAAGGGAAACA